AUGGCCGACACACUUGAACCAGGACGCAUCACGAGUCUGCGCGCCUUUGACAUCGGCCGGCCGCUCGGCAAGGGCCGCUUUGGCAAGGUAUAUCUCGCGCGCGUCAAUUCCACAGACUUCAUCCUCGCACUCAAGGUACUCGACCGGGAGGAGAUCAUGUCGACCCCCAGGGCAGAAACCCAAGCUCUCCGUGAGAUCGAGGUGAUGCGUUCGCUGCGCCAUCCUAACGUUGUGCGCAUGUACGACUUCUUCGCCGAGGACGACCGCCUGGUCCUCAUGCUCGAGUACGCGGCGCAUGGCGAGAUGUUCAUACAGCUCCGAAAGAGAAAGCGUUUCAGCGAGCGCCGGAGCGCAAAGUACAUCUGCGAGGUCGCGGACGGCCUCGCAUAUCUCCACACAAAGGACAUUAUCCACCGCGACAUCAAGCCCGAGAACUUGUUCCUUGGCCUGGACGGUCAAGUCAAGAUUGGUGAUUUUGGGUGGAGCGUCCACUCGCCCACGGAGGGACAGCGCACGCUGUGCGGGACGUUGAGUUACCUCUCUCCCGAGAUGGUGCUGGGACUGCCACAUGGCAAGGCCAUAGACAUCUGGGCCCUGGGCGUCCUGGCGUACGAGUUUAUAGUCGGCAAGGAGCCCUUCGAGGCCGACGAUUCGGCCGGUCCGCGGCUCGUGCACAAGCGUAUCUGCAAUUGUGACGUGCAGUUCCCGUCUUUCGUCUCGGAUGGCGCCAAGGACUUUAUCCUCAGCCUACUGCAGCUCAAACCCGAAGACAGGAUGCCGCUGGAGCAGGUGCCCGAACACCCGUGGAUCGUGGCGAUGCGGAGCAAAUCCCGCUAA